GGGGCGGCGGGUUCCGGCGCGCGGUGUCCUCUCUCCCCUCAGCACCAUGCUGCUCGCCCGGGCCCUGCGCGCCGCCGCCCUGCGCCCGCCGCUCCGCCCGCCGCCCCGCCGCCCCCUCCUCCUCCUCUCCUCAUCCUCCUUCUCCUCCUCCUCCUCUCCCCGCAGCCUCCUGCCGCCGCCCCUGGCGCGCUCGCUCUGGCAGCGGGGCGGCGGGGGCCGGAGCGGGCUGCUCCGCCCGCGGCGGGGCUCGGCCGGCGGCGUCUCCUGCGGCUGCGGGGGCCUCCACACCGAGGGUGACAAAGCCUUCGCGCAAUUCCUGACGGAUGAAAUCAAGGAGGAGAGGAAGAUCCAGAAGCACAAAUCUCUGCCCAAGAUCUCGGGCGGGUGGGAGCUGGAGGUGCAGGGCACGGAGGCCAAGCUGGUGCGGAAAAUCGCCGGGGAGAAGAUAACGGUUACAUUCAACAUCAACAACAGCAUUCCACCCUCGGCUGAGGAAGAAACACAAGAAGAGCAGAAACCUGAUGAGCAGGAGCCUGAUCUUACAUCAACUCCAAACUUUGUUGUGGAAGUCAUAAAAGAUGAUACAAAACAGACCCUGGUUCUUGACUGCCAUUACCCCGAGGAUGAGAUUGGACAUGAGGGAGAGGAAGAAAGUGAUAUUUUCACCAUUCGGGAGGUCAGUUUUCAGCCCACUGGAGAAUCUGACUGGAAGGAAACCAACUACACCCUCAACACGGAUUCCCUGGACUGGGCUCUGUAUGAUCACUUGAUGGAUUUCCUGGCUGAUCGAGGAGUCGACAACACAUUUGCUGAUGAGUUGAUAGAGCUCAGCACUGCACUGGAGCACCAGGAGUACAUUAAAUUCCUUGAAGACCUUAAAAGCUUUGUCAAAUGUCAGUAGGUUAGGCCAGGAAACUGAUCUGCAAGAGUGGGUAUUCCACAGCACUGCUCCAGCCAGCAGUACCCAAAUACAUCUUCACAACAGAUAUGGAGAGUAAGUACCUUUGGAAUAUGGAGAAUGAGGAUUCUCACUUGUACUGGGGGUUUUGUAUUUAUGUUGCAGCCCACACCAGGUUCUCCAACCAUAACAGCCUGGUAUUGCCUCACCCUACCUGGUUGAUUUUGUACAAUUAAGAAUGAAUGUGAAGAAUAAAUUCUGUUCAACAUAUCACUGAAAA